AACCAGGAAAUAUUGAUGUAAACAAGAUGGGAGGUGACACGAAGGCAGAAACCAAGAAUGCAAGUGGAGAAAAGCCCCAGAAUAACCCUCUUUCGAGGAAAAUCAAUAAAAUUCUUGAAACCAGACUAGAAAACGAUAAGGAUACACUUGAUGCAUUGAAGGAGUUGUCAACAUUUUUCUCAGAUAAUACGUUGAGGAGCCGCAGGAAUUUAAGAGGAGAGAUUGAAAAACGUAGUGUUGGAAUCAGUGAAGAAUUUGUUCAUGCCCUGCGAGAUGUAAAGGAAGCUGUUGAUGAUAUUUACACUGAGGUUAGCUCGAUGAAUGAGGUAUGUGUGGACAUGAAACACAGACUACAGGCAACAAAAUCUGAGACCCGCCACCUUAUUCAUCAGACAACCUCACUUCAGAAUCAGAGUAAUAAGUUACACAUGGAAGAAGAUGUAGCUGAUGCUUUUGUGCAAAAUUUCCAACUGACUUCUGAGGAAGUGUCUAUUAUUAAGGGCUCAAGUAGAGAAUCACCGAUCACCCAGGAGUUUUUUGCUGUUCUGGAGAAGACACAAAAGAUUCGAAAUAACACCAAGUACUUGCUUCAGACUGGCCACCAGAAGACAGCUCUAGAUGUGAUGGAACAAAUGAACAUCUGUCGUGAGGCUGCUUUGGAGCGCUUAUACAGGUGGUGUCAGUCUCAGUGUCGUCCUCCAGACCCAUCCCCACUGCUUACCCAAGCCCUGGCUGCUCUACAAGAAAGACCUGUCCUCUUUAACUUGGUAGUCGAUGAGUGGAUAGUUGUUCGACGAGGUUGGGUUGUGAGGGGUUUCUUAGAUGCACUCACAAUCGGUGGUCCUGGUGGAGCUCCUCGUCCCAUUGAACUUCAAGCUCAUGACCCCUUAAGAUAUGUUGGUGAUAUGUUGGCCUGGGUUCAUCAAGCAUUGCCAUCUGAGCGAGAAGCUGCUCAGAUCUUAUUUGCAAAAUGUACAAAUAUGGAUCCUAUGGAGCAAACAAGAUCUACUGUAGCCAGCAUCUCUGAGAGUGUUUGUCGACCUCUCAAGACCCGAAUAGAGCAAAUGAUUGUGACUGAUCAGAGACGGGAAGGCAGGAAAAAACCUGUACAGUUAUACAAGAUCAGCAACCUACUGCGAUUUUACCAUAAUACCAUCCUACAGGUGACAGAUGCUGGUCUCUUAGUAGCAACACUUGAUGAACUUCACCAGUUGAGCCACAAGAUGUUUAUAUCUGCAUUACAGAGUCAGGUCAGUCAUGUCAGUGAUCGGAUUGAGCCCCCAGGUGAGAUGUUAGCUCCUACACCUGGUGUUGCACGUACACUUGGGCUACUCACGGAAGUAGUUACUGCUGCAACUAUAGCAGAUGAUGCCCAGCAUGACUUUAAGCAGAUUGUCAGCUGUGUAGUUGAUCCCCUGGUGAAUGCCAUCAAUGAGAGUGCCUCAGGGUUAGGGGCUGUAGAAUCUGCUGUCUACUUGUUGAAUUGCUUCCACCAGUUGCACUCUACACUGUCUCUUCUACAUGCUACUGGAGAAAAAUUAGAGAUGAUUCAGGGUCAGAUUGAUGCCCAGCUGGACACUUUGGCCCAAGAGCAGAUCAGUGGAGUUUGUCACAGUGUUGGUGUGGCUUCUAUGUACCCAUUCAUCACCAAUCCACCGACAACACCACUCUCACAAAAUCCAGCUUGUCAGCCCCUUGUUAUACAAGCUUUUAUGAGCAAACUUGAUGGCUUCUUGGCAGCACCUGACCAUCUGAUGCUUCCUCACACACGUCUCUUACUUAGCUCUAAUUUUCGUCGAACCUUGCAGCAACGAACAGCAGAGGCCAUAACAUCAGUGUAUGCCAAGCUUCAUGCCAUUGUCCAUGACCCCAACCAUGGCUACAGUGACCCAAGUUCUUUGUUGCCUCGUGACCCAGACACUGUAAAAACGCUGCUUUCUUAGAAUUUUAUUUUAUGGCUUAACACCCUUCACUAACCAACUUGCUUCUUACAGCAAACAUAUAGACUUCAUUGACUGGGACUAACAAGUCCCUGAAGAGGACUUUCAAAAGUAACAGUCGCACAUUAAAGUUAACAGCAAUGAAUCUUGAUAUUGCACUAGGUUGGUCAGCCCCAUUGGAUUUCUUUCCGUGAAUCCAUGCUGUGCAGAUGGCUUACUGGCUGCUGUGCCUUGUAUAGUACACUUCAGAGGGAACACAAACUCAGUCUCUUAGCCUCUACAUUAAAUCGCUAGAGGAGUCUUAUUACUGAUCCUUACAGUUCUCAGUAUUUUUUAAUAUUGAUAAGGGUUAACCUUUGUUUAUACCAUAUGGAAAAUUUUGUUUAAAUUUUGACUGUCUUAGCCUGACUUAGCACUGUCAAAGAACAGUGUUAUACCGUAUACUGUACCAGAUGCAGGUGUCUGGGUUUAGAUGGUAGAGAUAUCCUGGUGAGGCCUGAAUUAUAAGUUUAGAAGUAUUUUGGGGGCAAUGUCUUGUGGGUUCACUAAGUACUAUCCUAGAAUGAGGAAACACACAUAAUAUUUUUUGAGAAUUUACUCUGUGCUAUUUUAUGUUUAGUAACAGAAUGCAUGGGAAUUUGUCAGGAAGUCCAUCAGCUGGCAUAAUUGGAUGGGAUGAUUUAAUGUGGUUAUUGUAAGGGUCUAUUGCCAUGGUUUCCUGAAGAAUGGUUAAACACAACUCUCCAAAUGAACAAGUCUGUGACCAUUGUUUCAUUCUUUCUCCACCACCUAUUGUAAUUUUUAUUUAUGGGGGAAGACAGUCUCAUCUCGGAAUUUUGCAAGGAAAGACUGAUUCAGUUUCAAAACCACAAACCUAAUGUAGGAAUUACUCAAAGGGGGCUGCAAAAGCUAAUUUUCCAAUCACCUCACACUGUCAGUGAGACACCACCCUCUUGGAAAAAACUAAUCCAGCUUUGUAAAACAGCUGAACUUUCUCCAUGGAAAGGCCAACCAACUCAUUCUAGAUGUUCCCUCUGAAAACCCUAAUGUGGGAGUAAAUCCAAAGUUCUCCCAGUAAUCAAUGAAACCUGCCUGUGAAACAAUGUAAAUCACUUUAUUAGUGUCUGUUUGAAUUAACUACUCCCUGAAAGGAGCCUAGAGUUAAUCACUCAUCCUAAUAGAUUGUUAUAAAAUCCCUUUCUUCUAAUGAUUCUUGAAGAUAAGCCCCAAGAUCUUUUAAAAUAUCCUAGGAACUCAUUUCAUACAAAGAUUAGUAAUUUUAAACUGGAAAAUAUAAUUUCUCAAACAGAAGGAGGGGAAGCACUUCUGAAUAAGAACACGCUAACAUGCAACCUUCAAAAUCAGUAGUGAUCAAGGGUCUUUCCUUAGACUCCAUUGCACCUGUUGAACAGAAUUAAUUUUGAUUUUCACAAAUAGAGUGAACAGAUUGAGCUAAUUAUGGUCUAGACUAACAAAGCAAACUCUUGAUGCUUUGGGAAUGUGAAAAAGUUUUGAAAUAAAGUGGCUAGGUUUUGAUAUUUGAAUUGUGACCUUUCAUAAAUUUUUGGAAAUAUAAUAUUGCUCGACUUAUGAUUUCCUUUGAUCUAAAACAUUAUGGAAAGGUAAAAUCUGCAUUUAUAACUUCUUGAAAGGCCCAACUUUCAGUAUUGUGGCUGAAGCAUCAGGGCAUCAAUAAUUUGAUGGCCCACCUAAGGGAAUUCUAAACUCCAAGAAGUACUGGAUUAUUUGCUUGAAACUGGUCCUCCCCAAUGCCUGCCAUAACGUUGGAGAGCUCUGAAUAUAACGGGGAGCUUGUAAAAGUAUUCUUGUCCCCUACAACAUGAAAGUAGGGUUUUCUCCCUUAGGGGGGUGCAUGUCAUGUUAACAGUAAGAGCAUUUAGUGCCUAAUUUUUUAUUUUUGUAGCUGACUUCAGGUAUGAGUUCCUCUAAAUUUAAGGUGUUAGGUCAAAAAUGAAGAAUUGUUCCUGAAAUCGUAUGUCGUUACUUGAGUACUGUAUGAAACUAAGUGGCUCAUCUAUCCAUAUUCCGAGUGAGUAUUGUGGAAGUCAGCAGGAAUUGAGGAAUUGAUUGAGAAGUGAAGUCUGCAAUCCAGUAUGGCUGCCCUAGCUAAUAGGCGAGGUGUAAAUAGGCUACUGUGAUGUUUUGAUUCAUUGUCCUCCAUUUUUAAAGAUCUCGUUCAGGGAGUUAGUUAUGACAGGAAGGUUUAACACAUUCAUGAAUUAGUCCCAGCCACUGAUGUCUGCAGGUUUACUGAGGUUUUCAAUUCAUGGACUUUGUAAUAUAAUAUGCAAGUUGCCUAGUUCUGAGCUUCACCAUAAAAUGGGGUCAGGCUCAGUCCUUCAUUUACAUAGUAUUAAAUCUUUUAGUCAUUGAUUGAAAUGGAAAUGGGAUUUUCAGAAUAUGGUUUGGGUAGCAAAGUUUGAUUUUAUAGUAUAUUAUAAAGAAAAUUAUAUGAUUUCUUACACACACACACACACACACACACACACAUACAUGUCUCAUAGAAGGACAAUGGUUAAGUUUUUUUUGCUGAGAAAUUAAUUUGAAUUUUUUUUAGUCAAUACAAUUAUAUUUAUAUACAGUAUAAUUAGAUAUAUUGUGCCUUUGUAAUAUUUAUAAAAGAUAGAAAAUAUAUCCUAGAGUUGAAAAAUAGAGUCUUUCAGUAUAAACUACAUCAUAUUUUGGCCUUCCAGUUUUGUAAUGUAGAAUUAUGCUGUUUAUGAUUUAGUGCAAUACAGGAUUUUCAAAUCUAA